AUGGUGGUCGUUCCUCCACUGGAUGCGCCUCUACCGCACCUUUUUGACCCCAUCCUUGACUACCUAUCAUCCUCACUUCCCCCGCCUGUCUACAACACGCUUGUCACAGUGGCAUCGCAAUCUGUUGCGCUCGUCACUUCGUUAUUCACACUUACCAUGGCUCUGUUCCCAUCCUCGUCAUCUACAUGGGAUGCGCAAACCAUACUGCCCCCUCUCAUCACGUUAUUGGCGGCAUAUCUCGCUCUCGUCAGCUUUUACAGGACGACGUGGUGGAUGAUCCGCACGGGGUUCUGGUUCAUCAAGUGGGGCACGAUCCUCGCUGUAUUGACCGCAGGCGCAGGCUGGGUCAUGAGCAACGCUAACGCCAACGGAGGGAGCGGCGUAGGUGUCCCUUUUGCAGGAGGUUUCAUCCCUGUUAUCGGCGGGUUUCUCCUGGAUAUGCUCAACGGCCAGGGUCAAAAUGCAGCGGGCGGCGCAAGGUCCAACCCGAGACCAAAAACCCAGUCUCAAAGUACUCGUUCCCGCUCUCGUCCACAGAACCAGCCGAAGUCACCACGACCAAAGGCCUGGGAGUCAUGGGAUCGUCACCGCGAGUGGCAGUACAACGAGAACGAGGGGACCGACGCAGGGUCAGAAGGAGAGGUGAAGAAGGUCAUUGGCGAUAUCAUCGGAGCUGCGGGGCGAGUGCUGAGUGACGGGAGGUGGUGGGAGGCGGCGAAGGGAGCUGUGGACGAAUUCGCCCAGGUGCUCGGUGAGAGUGGCGGAACAGAUGAUGGACGAGGGGAGGAGUAUAAGAAACAAUCUACGAGGACAAACACGAAGGCCAAGGCUGGUUCGAGGUGA